UCUGACCCAGAAGUACUCUGUGUUUGUGUGUGUGUCUCACAUGACCCUCGCGGAGCAGCAUGUAAAGUCUUCUUCAGAUCAGAAGUAAAUAAGCCCCUUAUCAAGCCGGUUCCUGUGCAUCCUUCAUGUUAGUGGUCGGAGUGGGACGCUGCGGACUCUGAACAGAAAGGACUGAUGGCGUCGUGGAGUCUGAGGCCGAUGCUGUCGUCGUUAUUACAAGCGUCCUGGUCGGCGCCCUCAUGGACCCCCCUGCUGUCCCGGACCAUGGCCGCCGCCCCCACCUGGACCGCCCCCCUGCUGUCCCGGGCCAUGGCCACCCUCAACCAGAUGCACCGUAAGGGGAAGCCCUCCCCCCCGCCCAAGACGCUGGGGGCCACGUUCGGCCGGCCGCAGCUGAAGGCGGUCAUCCUGAAGACCAUGAUCCGCAAGCCCAAGAAGCCCAACUCGGCCAACAGGAAGUGCGCCCGCGUGCGUCUGUCCAACGGGAAGGAGGCGGUGGUCUUCAUCCCUGGGGAGGGGCACAACCUCCAGGAGCACAACGUGGUGCUGGUGCAGGGGGGGCGCACCCAGGACCUGCCGGGGGUCAAGCUGACCGUGGUGCGCGGGAAGUACGACUGCGCCCACGUGGUCAAGAAGAAGCAGUAGGGAAGGGCCUGUUGUUUAGUGUGUGUGUGUGUGUGUGUGUGUGUGUGUGUGUGUGUGUGUGUGUGUGUGUGUGUGUGUGUGUGUGUGUGUGUGUGUGUGUGUGUGUGUGUGUGUGUGUGUGUGUGUGUGUGUGUGUGUGUGUGAGAGAGAGAGGUCGGACACUGUCACAGAUGUUUUAAUAAAUCUGUCGUGGACGUUGAUUGGACUGAGCUUGAUGGAGUCCCCUCCUAUAUUAGGACAUGUAUGCUUCUGUUUCUUUUAUUUUUUUAUAGCCUUUCAAGCAUAAUGCACUUGUAGAUUGGCAAAGAAACACAAGUAAAAUCACAACUAAAUAAGGCGUAGGCAAAGAGAGGUUACACAAUAGAGCUUCUUUAUCACUACAAAGAAAUAAUAAUAAUAAUUGGUGCUUUAAAAGUUGUCGAUGCAUCAGUCCUAUUGAGGAUGUGGUGAGGCCGUCAAAGCGUCACUGGGUUCCAGCGCCACCUGCAGGCGGAUCAGGGAAGGCCAUGAACGGUCCCGGAUAGAAACUAAGGCAUUGAGGAUUUAUUUUUGUAGGUGCAAAUAUAAGUCAAGGAAGAUGAUGUAAAAAGUCACACUUUAAGGCCUAGAGACGGGUUUCUCAAGCAGACAGCUGUGCAGCUGGGAAGGGUUUCUCGAUAUAACACGUUCACUAAAGCAAACCUUGUGAUGAGACAACAAACAAUGCCUGUGUGGCAUUAAUAAGCAAAAUAAAGAAACACAUUCAUGUCUGGAAAUAGCCAUCUAUCAGACUAAAGACCAACUCUGUAAAGGACAAAACCAGCUAUUCUAAUUAGAAAUUGCCCAUUUGACCUUAUCGUA